AUGACCAAGGUUAACGCAAUGGUCGCGAGCUCUCGACGCAAGUCCCGAAAGGCGCACUUCAGUGCGCCGAGUAGUGUGCGUCGGGUCAUCAUGAGCGCGCCUUUGAGUAAGGAGCUCCGCGAGAAGCACGGAGUGCGCAGCAUUCCCGUCCGCAAGGAUGACGAGGUCAUGGUCGUCCGCGGCUCCAACAAGGGACGUGAGGGCAAGAUCUCCUCCGUCUACCGCCUCAAGUACUGCCUCCACGUCAACGGCAUUGUUCGCGAGAAGAGCAACGGCCAGUCCGUCCCCAUCCCCAUCGCUGCCUCCAAGGUUGUCGUCACCAAGCUCAAGCUCGACAAGGACCGUGAGCAAAUCCUGGAGCGCAAGUCCGCCGGUCGCGAGGAGAAGAAGAAGCAGAGGGAGCAGCAAUAA